CAACACCCUCACUUGUAGUACAUACUUUUAGUAUAAUUUUAAAACAAAGAUGAUCUUUAGACAAUUAUUCUCUGCUGAUACUUGCACAAUGACUUUUAUUUUGGGAUGCGAACAAACUGGACAAGCUGCCAUUGUUGAUCCUGUCAUUGAAGAAUGCGAAAGAGAUGCCAAGUUGGCUAAGGAAUUGGGAUUGACUAUUACACAUAUUUUGGAUACUCACGUUCAUGCUGACCAUAUUACUGGUGGUAUUGCCUUGAAGAAACACUUCCCACAAGCUACUCAUGUUUAUAGUAUGCAUUCCGGAGUUACUUUCACUACAGGAUUGACUUUGGCCAAGGAAGGUGAUGUUAUUCAAGUUGGUUCUCUCAAGAUUCACGUUUUGGAAACUCCAGGACACACCAAUGGUUGUUUGACCUAUUAUACCGAUGAUAAGAAGAUGGUUUUCACUGGUGAUGCCUUGUUCAUCAGAGGAUGCGGAAGAUGUGAUUUCCAACAAGGAUCUGCCUCCAAAUUGUAUGAUUCCAUCAUGAAGAUUUAUUCUACAUUGCCUGAUGAUUGUUUGGUCUAUCCUGGUCACGACUAUAAGGGCAUGAUGUUCUCCAGCAUUGGUGAUGAAAAGAAGAAUAAUCCAAGAAUUUUCGCAACUCAAACUCGUGAAGGAUUCUGUGAAAUUAUGAAUAACUUAAAGUUGCCAAAUCCUAGAUAUCUUGAUGUUGCUUUGCCAGCUAACUUGUUGGGUGGUGUCAAGACUAAUUAAUUAUUUCCGUCAUCAUCAAAUAAUUAUUAUCUAUAUUUUAAAUAAUUGUGAUGAGAAUAUAUUUUGAUUGUCCGACUUGCUAAAAACAAUAUGUACAUAGAGAAAAUAAAUUUUGAAUUU